AUGAAUAACCAGGCCGACCCGGGAAUCCCGCAGAGGCCCGAGGGAGGGAGCCAGACAGGGCCGGGACAGAGAUCGGGGCCAUGCCCACGUCUUCUUUGGCUCCGCCCUGCCUCAACACUGCUGGCCUACUCGGCACCUACAACCUCCGCCUCGGCUUUUCUACAAGAACGCAGACGGCUGGGACCUGACGGCUGGAUCUCUGCCGGAGCAGCCCUGAAGGCGACCGCGACCGUGGCCUCCUGGGGGGCCCCCGCGCUCCCGGGGACGGCGUACCUGGAAGCCUGGCCGGCCCUUCCCCUCGAGGCGCGGCCCCUGCCCCCCGUGACCGUGGUGUCGUCGGCGCUCGUCACCCCCAUCGUCUCCACGCUCCCCAUCGUGUGCCACACGGCCGCCGCGGCCUCUGCCGAGGCUGAGCGGGCCGAGCCGGAGGAGCCCGACGGUGCGGCCGAGGAGCCGUCGGGGGAGCCGUCCGGGGCGGCCCCGCGGGACGAGCACGCCUACCACCGUGCCCGGCUGGAGCCCGAGGCCGGGCUGGACGGGCUGGUGGCGGCGCUGCAGCGCAAGGUACGGGGGCUGCAGCAGCGGCAGCGGCGGCACCGCGCGCGCCUCGGCGCCCUCGAGGGACUGGUGCUGCAGCUGCGACGGGACCACCUGCUGUCACACGAGCGCCUGCGGCUGCUGGGCGCGACAUGCCUGCCCGGGGGCCCCGCACGCCCCGAGCCCGCGGGGGCUGGCGCCGUGACCAUCGUGUGCGGGGAGCAGCCCGCUGGCACCGUCCUCUACACGCUAACAUCUGCCCCCUCCCCCUGAGCGCCCCGGGGGGCGGGGUGGGGGGGCCAUGCCUCAGAGAUUCUUUUGCACUCAAUAAACUAACUUGAGAAAA